UUGAAACGACUGUGUAUAGAGCUGUAAUGAGAGAACAACCAAGGAGCGUAUCGUCACGAUCGUGGACACAUCAGAACCUACCUGUUCCUAAUAAAUGAUCUUGCUCCCGAGGUCCGAUGUCAUCGAAUUCGUGAAAGCGCAAGCUGGUUAGCGGGAGCUUGGACCUGCGGAUAAACAGUCGGCCCGAAAAACCUCAAACCAUCUAUCACCGAGUAGUCUCAACAACCACAACCACCGCAGUCGCUCGUUUUCGGGACCAUUGAGUGCCCAUCUGCCGCAAUGAAACCGCCAAAGGUUCCCAAAGGAUUACCGAGAAAGCUGGCGUCCAAAGCUCAACCUUUCGUCUCUCGAGUUCCUCGAUCGCAACCCGUUACGCCAAUAUCGCAGAAGCCACUGCCGACUCGAAGAACAGAGUCACUUGGUCCAGUGCCUUCCGCGGUCCCCGAAUACAAGCCACUGCCUGUCACUGGGCCCCGCAUUGCUGAUGAGGAUACAUGGGAGCAAAAAGCAGCACAUGAAGCCAAAGUGAGACGCUGGCAAACAUGGCCCAUUGCAAUUUGUGCACUGGCUGCGUUUGGAAUGGGCAUGUAUACCGUGCAGCUGUACAUUUCGCUGACACGGGAAAUUCCUGAAAAAGAUAUUCCAAAAGAGCUUAUCGAUCGGUUCGACAGGGAAGCGGAGGGGUAUGACGAGAAGGUCGGCACAGCGGAAAUCAUGCUGAGAAUGACAGCUCGCCGGAAGGCUCUUACGGAGAAGGUACAUGGCCAUGUACUGGAGGUCGCGGUGGGGACCGGCAGGAAUUUCCCCUAUUACCCUACGAAGAAGUGCUCGACAGUGACGCUCCUCGAUGCCAGCGGACCAAUGCUGGCUGUGGCCAAGCGUAAGUGGAAGGACGAACAUCCGGAAUACUUUCACCGGGUCUUCUUCAAGCAACAAUCGGCGUUGGAUCCCAUCACCCCUCCAUAUGGAGCCCAGGACGGGUACGAUACUGUGCUGCAGACCAUGGGCCUCUGCUCGACGUCGGAGCCCGUGAAACUGCUGCAGAAUCUCGAGAAGGCGACAAAGGAGAAUGGACAAAUAUUGCUCCUGGAGCAUGGCAGAUCAUACUACGAUUGGUUGAACAAGCUGUUGGACAAGACGGCACCCGCGCAUGCCGACGAGCAUGGGUGUUGGUGGAAUAAGGACAUUGGCAAGAUCGUGGAGGAGAGCGGGCUGGACGUGGUCGAAAUCAAGAGGUACAACUUUGGUACGACGUGGUGGGUGGAACUGAAGCCGCGGAAGAGGUCGCAGCCGAAGGUGGAGGCACCCAAAGAGGGAGAAUCCGCCGGGGGGCCUUCCCCAGUUGCACAGAAGCCGUGGUGGAACAUCUGGAAAUGAACCCCCUAUACUUGGUCGGCAGCGUGCAGCUUGCAACGAGCGAGGGCGUUUUCCCAGCAUCGACAGCAGCUCAGCGAGCACAGCAAAAGACAGCCCGGACGGACCAGCUAGUGCUAGCAUGAACUUUCAGAAUCGACCAUGGGCGGUUGACGUCAAUAUCAACGACACCACACUCUGGUUCCGCCAUGUGUUCUGGUAGCUUUCAACCCCACCCACGCUUAUUCUGGAUGCGCU